AUGCUUUUGUCUGCCCGCCGGGCGAUCGUCGUCGCUUGUGCCGCCGUCACCUCGUGUGUCUUGCUGAUAACUUUCUGGAAGGCCUCCAAUGCGCUGGCCCCCUCGGGGAGCCUAAGCAAAUCGACCUUCCAGGGGCUUAAUGCCCAUUGGACCAGCGAGAGACUCGAGAAGCGCUUUGCCUACGUACAGUAUGCGACGGACCUGGAUUAUCUCUGCAAUGCGGUUAGUUCCGACUACCUCACUCUACGGAGUACAAGCCUCGUGUUCUGA